AUGGCCCUCUCUGCGGCCGACGACGUUGCCAUCCCCGAGCGGGAUAUGGUGGAGGCAGAGGAGGUGAUGGACGACGCGCCGGUGGCCACGUUCCAUCCGGCCCAUGCACAUCCCAUCAAGGAGAAGACACAGAAGAGGGUGGCCAUCGUCGGCGCCGGCGCGAGCGGCCUGGCGGCGUGCAAGCACGCGCUGGAGCGCGGCCUCCGGCCGGUCGUCUUCCAGUCCUCCAAUGCCAUUGGCAGUGUGUGGGCGCGUGCGCUGGCGUCCACGUGCCUGCAGACGCCACACGCGCUCUACGAGUUCUCCAACUUCCCCUGGUCGCCGGAGGUCGCCAAGGUGUUCCCGGACCACGCCCAGGCCGCGGCAUACCUGCGCUCCUAUGCGGAGCGGUUCGACAUGCUGGAGCGCGUCCCGUUCGGAUGUCGCGUGACAACGAUGGAGUAUGCCGGGGUCCGCGAGGAGGAGGUCCUGGCGUGGGACCGGUGGGCCGGCGAGGGGUCGGCAUUCGGCACCGGCCGCGGCCAGUGGCGGCUCACCAUGGAGCAGCAGGGUGGCGGCGACGUCGAGAUCUAG